GGCAUUUGUAACAUUUGGUCCCUGCGCAGUGACACCCAGGAGGGGAGCUGGGGGAAGCAGCAGGAGCGGGGUGCCGGCGCUGAGAGACACAGGGGAGAGGUGGCAGAGCGAGGCUGAUGGUCCCUGCUGCUGCUGCAGCCAGCUGCCUGCUGUGACUCUGGGGAGCUGGUGAUGGAGGGGUUCGGGGGAGCCCCCAGGUUCCUGGCCUACCCACGUGCCUUCACAGUCCAAAGUGGCACCAAUGCGGUCCUGAGCUGCCAGAUCAUGGGUGAUCCCCAGCCAAGCAUCCUCUGGGAAAAGGACAAGAACACCAUCGAGCCCUCCAGCCGUUUCCAUAUGGAGUCCAAAGGGGACAUGUACAGCCUGCUGGUGUCCUGUACCACCCCCAAGGACAGUGGACUCUACGUCUGCAGGGCCAAGAAUAGCGUUGGUGAGACCUAUGCUGCCACCAUGCUCAAGGUAGAGCCAGUGGCGGAGCCGCGAGAGGAGGAGGGAUGCUCAGGCAGUGUCGCACCAGCCUUCCUCAUUGCCCCCUCGUCCAUGCGGGUGUGCCGGGGGGACGACGUGAUGUUCACCUGCAGGGUGUCUGGGCAGCCCUGCCCUGUCCUGGAGUGGGAGAAGGACGGGCACAAGCUCUCCGAACUCUUUGAGAGCAGCCACUUCGCAGUGGGGCAGAAAUCAGAGGACUGGCACUUCCUGAAGCUGUUCAGUGCCCGGCCCCAGGACGGGGGAGUGUAUGUCUGCCGGGCACGCAGUGGCUCCCAGGAGGCCCUGGCUGCUGCCGUGCUCCUGGUGGAAGCCCAGGCAGUGCUGGACGGGCUCCCCAAUGGCUCCCCUGCCGCUGGUCCCGAGGCUCUGGCGGAGCGGCAGCGGUGGCAGCGGCACACGGCGGUACGGCAUGUGGGACCAGAGACCUGGGUGCCCAAUGGCGUGGUGCCAGCCAGGGUGCCAGGGGCCAAGGCAUUUGCCGUGAGCGCAGGGAAGCACGCCAAGUUUCGCUGCUACGUUACUGGCAAGCCCAAGCCAGAGAUUAUCUGGCAGAAAGAUGGUGAGCCCCUCGCCCCUGGCCGCAGACAUCUCAUCUACGAGGACCGGGAGGGCUACUUCAUCCUCAAGGUGCUGUACUGCAAACCUCAGGACCAGGGGCUGUACAUGUGCACCGCUUCCAACACUGCUGGCCAGACCCUCAGCGCAGUGCAGCUCCAGGUGAAAGAGCACCGGCUGCGGUUCCAGGUGCAGCUGGCAGACGUGGAGGUAGCGGAGCGGGAGGAUGCAGUGUUGGAGUGCCAGGUGCCACUGGAGACCAUCCCCACCUCCUGGUACCUGGAGGACAGGGAGCUGCAGCCCAGCCACAAGUAUGUGAUGGAGGAGCAAGGGCUGGUGCGGCGCCUGACCAUCCGCGACGCCCGCAUCGAUGACGAUGGCAUCUACCUCUGCCAGAUGAAGGACAAAGGACGCAGCAUCGCCGAGGUCUCUGUCCGAGGGGUGAUUGUGAAGCGGCUGCCACGGAAGCUGGAUGUGAUGGAGGGGGAGAAUGCAGUUUUCUGUGUGGAGACACGGGACGUGGUAGAGGGCAGCUGCUGGAGCCGGGACGGGCUGCAGCUGCGGGAGUCACCCCGCACCGUGCUCAAGAGCUUCAGCAGGACACACCUCCUGGUGCUGGUGCAUGUCACCCGCCAGGACGCAGGCAUCAUCUCCUUCACGGUCGGGGAGUCGCAGACAUCCUCCCAGCUCCGAGUCAAGUGUGUGAAGCACGACCCUCCCAGUGCACCGGUGGCAGCUGAGAUGAGCGUGGUGGAGACUAACACGGCUCUGCUGACUUGGUGUCCCGCGCCCGACUCCCACCUCCGCCCCGCCAGCCACUACCUGCUGGAGCGUCGGGAGGCAGCGGGAGGGGAGUGGGUGCAGUGCCUUGCCACCGACCUGCCCAGCUGCGUGCGGGUGCUGGGCGACAGCGUGCCCCGCGAGGCCGACUACUGCUUCCGCAUCUCUGCCGCCAACAAGCACGGCAGGAGCAGCCCCGUGGAGUUCCCGGGAUCUGUGCAUCUUGCCCCAGCAGCUCGUCUGGAGAGGGGUCUGCAGGACGCGUGGGUGAGGGAUGGUGAGGAUGCACAGUUCUCCCUGGAGCUGUCAGCUGCGGUGCAUGGAUCCUGGUUCCUCAACGGUGCCAGGCUGGGUGAGGAGGAGGACGCAGGCGGCCGGUGCAGCGUACAGCGCCGUGGGAUGGAGCACUCGCUGCUGAUCCGAGGAGCACGGCUGGUUGACAGUGGGGCCCAGGUCACCUUUGUGUCCGGUGGUGUGCGGGACUCAGCUAUCCUGCAUGUGCAAGCCCCACAGGUCCACAUUGCCCCGGUGUCUGAGGCUGAACGGCUCCAAAAAGUGCCAGCAGGCAUGCCUGUGCUGCUAGAAUGCCAGGUGUCCACCCCGGAUGCUCCUGUGUGCUGGCUGAAGGAUGGCAGGGCAGUGCCCCUGGAUGACGUUAUCGCAGUGCAGGCAGAAGGCUGCGUGCGGCGGCUGCUGCUCCGCUCAGCGUGUCCCUCAGACACUGGUGUGUACACCUGUGACGCUGGGGAUGAUGCCGUCAGCUUUGUGGUGACCGUGACCGAGGCGCCGGUGAGGAUUGUCAGUUCCAACGAGGAAGCCCCACACGCGUACGUGGCCGGACAGCGUGUGGAGCUGUGGUGCCAGCUGUCCCGCCCUGCAGCCCCAGUGCGCUGGUACAAGGAUGGAGAGGAGGUGGAGGCAGAGGAGCCAGUGAGGAUUGUCAGCUCCAACGAGGGGGCCUCCCACACAUACGUGGCCGGACAGCGUGUGGAGCUGUGGUGCCAGCUGUCCCGCCCUGCAGCCCCAGUGCGCUGGUACAAGGAUGGAGAGGAGGUGGAGGCAGGUGAGAGCCUGGUGCUGGAGCAGGAGGGCCUGCAGUGCCAGCUGGUGCUGCCCUGUGCCCAGCCACAGGACACAGGGGAAUUCGUCUGCGAUGCCGGUGGGGACUCUGUCUUCUACACCAUCACUGUGGCAGAGGUGCCAGUGAGGAUUGUCAGUUCCAACAAGGAGGCCUCUCACUCCUACGUGGUGGGGCAGCGCGUGGAGCUGUGGUGCCAGCUGUCCCGCCCAGUGUCCCCGGUGCGCUGGUACAAGGACGGUGAAGAAGUGGAGGUGGGCAAGACCCUGGUGCUGGAGCAGGAGGGGCUGCAGUGCCGGCUGGUGCUGCCCUGUGCCCAGAUGCAAGACACGGGGGAGUUCAUCUGCAAUGCCAGAGAUGCAUCUGUCUCCUACUCCAUCUUGGUGGCAGAGGCACCAGUGAGGAUCCUGCAGCCUCCACAGCGCUCACUGGAGCUGCUGGUUCAGGCUCCAGGGUGUGUGGAACUGCGGUGCGAGCUCUCCGUGCCGGAUGCUGCUGUGCACUGGUUCAAGGACGGGUUGGAGGUGGACGAGACUGAUAACCUGCAGCUGCUGGUCGAGGGGGCCUGGCGCUGUCUCUUCAUCCCCAAGAGCAGUGCAGAGGAUGCAGGCGAGUACAUCUGCGAGACCAAGGACGAGGCCGUCUCCUUCGAUGUCAAGGUGUCAGAGCCUCCGGUGAGGAUCCUGCAGCCCUGCAGACCUGUCCCUGUCAUGACGGUGUCCCCGGGGGAGACGGUGACACUGUGCUGUGAGCUGUCCCGUGCGGAUACACCCGUGUGCUGGGCAAAGGAGGGUGUCAGGCUCGAGGCUGGGGGCGGCCUGGUCCUGGAGGAGGAGGGUGUCCAUCGCCGGCUGCUCAUCCCCGCUGCCCAAGCUGAGCACUCUGGGAAAUACACCUGUGACACCGCCAAUGACACAGUGACUUUCACCAUCCAAGUGUUGGAUCCGCUGGUCAGAAUCCUGGAGAAGGAUGUCCUGCCCACCCACCGGCGCUGCCAGGCCAUGGAGGACCUGGUGCUGGAGGUGCAUCUCUCACACACCCAUGGGGAGGUGAAGUGGUACAAGGACGGGGAGAAGCUGCAGGACACGGGGCGUGUGCGGCUGGAGGAGGACGGGGCGCGCCGAUCCCUCGUGAUCCUGGGUGCUACAGGCAAGGAUGCUGGGGAGUAUCUCUGUGACACUGGUGAUGACAGUGUCGUCUUCUUCAUCACUGUAGAAGUCCCAGAGCCACCGGUGACCAUUGUGGGCAGCACGGGCACCAUGGUACAUCGCUGCCUGGUGGCCGGGGAAGACCUGGUGCUGGCUUGUGAGCUCUCUCGGCCCGACGCCAUCGUGCGCUGGCUCCGGAAUGGCCAGGAGGUGCACCCGGGUGAACGGGUGCAGGUGGAGGCCCGUGGGGUGCUGCGACAGCUCACCAUCAAUGGGGCACAGCCCAGCGAUGCGGGGUGCUACGUCUGUGAUGCUGCCAGCGACCGCAUGGUGACAAAUGUGGAGGUGUUGGCCCGGCCUGUGUGCAUUGUCAACAAGGAGGAGGCGCAGAGCCCGCUGGAGGUGCAGGAGGGGGACAGUGUGACACUGGUGGCUCGGCUGUCCCCGGAGACAGCGGCGGUGCAGUGGCAGAAGGAUGGACAGACGCUGUGCUCAGGUGGGCGGCUGCUGGUGUGCAGCGAGGGUGCCACGCGCAGCCUCACCAUCAAGCAAGCGGAGCUGGGCGACAGUGGCAUCUUCCUCUGCGACGCCGGUGAUGAUGAGGUGUAUUUCACUCUACAUGUGAAAGAGGCACCCGUGCUGUUCGUGAACAAACGGGAGGAGCAGGAGAAGCUGCUGGUGCUGGAGGGCGGCAGUGCCGUGCUGUCCGCCAUCACCUCCACGGAGCGGUGCGAUGUCACCUGGCGGGGCCCGCAGCAGGCGGCAGUGGCCGGCGAGCGCUGCGAGCGGCGCCGGGACGGCCGCGUGCACAGCCUCAUCAUCCACAACGUGGCCAUGGAGGACGCCGGCACCUACACCUGCCUCUCACCCCACGACCAGAUGCAGUUCGACGUGAGCGUCCGAGAGCUGCGGGUGAAGUUCCUGCGUGGGCUGUCGGACGUGCGAGCGCGGCAGGGCGAGCGGGUGGUGCUGUGGUGCGAGCUUUGCAAGGCACGGGGCGACGUGGUGUGGCGGAAGGACGGGCGGGUGCUGGCGCCCGGCCCCCGGCGGCAGAUGACGGCAGAGGGACGGGAGCGGUCGCUGGUGCUGAGCCGCGUGGAGCCCGCGGAUGCCGGCGAGUACUGCUGCGAGUCCAACGACGACCAGACCCUGGCGACGCUGACGGUGCAGGUCCCCAGGGUGGUGGAGAUCAUCAUGGAGCUGCAGAGCCUGACAGUGCUGGAGGGGGAGGAUGCCACCUUCAAGUGCCUGGUAUCCCCCGAAGAUGUGGCUGUGACAUGGCAGCUGAAUGGCCAGCCCGUGGUCCCCAGCGAGCGUCUGCUGGUGACAAGGAGUGGGCUGUGCCACAGCCUCAUCAUCCGGCAGUGCCAGACAGGUGAUGCAGGCCCUGUGACAGCCAAUGCCGAGGGGCUGGUGAGCACAGCUCGGCUAGGUGUACAAGAGGCACAGGUGCUGUUUGUGCAGAAGCUGCAGGAUGUGGUGGCAGAGGAGCAGGGCGACGUGUGCCUGGAGGUGGAGGUGAGCCACGAGGCUGCCGAGGUGCAGUGGCUGAAGCAGGGCAUCCUCCUUCAGCCGAGCAGCAAGUACCUGCUGCAGGAGUCGGGGUGCCGGCGCACCCUCACCAUCCGCUGCCUCGGCCCUGCUGACCGCGGCACCUACCGCUGCGAGAGCCUGCACGACCGCACGCAGGCCAAGCUCCACGUGGAGCCCCGGAAGGUGUCGAUCCGGACACCACUGGCAGAUGUGGAGACCUUUGAGAAAGAGACAGCCACCUUCCACCUGGAACUGUCUCACCCUGGCGUGACGGGGGUCUGGACACGGGAUGGCAUCCGGGUGAAGCCCAGCAGUACGUGCCGGAUCAGCGCCACAGGCUGCGGGCACAGCCUGACACUGGAGAGGCUUGCACUGGAAGACUCGGGCACCAUCACCUUCACUGCUGACACUCUGCGCUGCAGCGCCCGCCUGCGUGUGCGGGAGCCUCCAGUCACCAUGGUGAGGGUCCCACGAGACCUGGGUGUCCCAGAGACAGGGGUUGCCAGCUUUGAGUGUGAGCUGUCUCGCCCCAAUGCAGAAGUGAAAUGGUUCAAGGAUGGGCAGGAGCUGCGGCCAGGGCCCAGCUGCCGCAUCUACUCCGCGGGACGGCGCCGCAUCCUGCAGCUGAGCCGCUGCGAGCUGACCGACGCUGGCAGCUACACCUGCGAUGCAGGUGACUGCCAGGCCUCUGCCACGCUGCAUGUCCAGGAGCGCCAGGUCCACAUUGUGCAGGAGCUGCAGGAUGUCCAGGUCCGGGAGGGUGACAACGCAGUCUUCACCUGCGAGGUGUCACAUGGGGAUGUGAAGGGCGAGUGGUUUCGGGAUGGGGAGAAGAUCAAGGUCUCCAGCACAGUGAAGAUACGGCAAGAAGGGACCCGGCAUUUCCUGCUGUUCUGUGGUGUAUGCCCUGAGGACAAUGGACUGAUCCGCUUCACAGCCAGGACAGUCACCUCGGAGGCCAGUCUGCAGGUGGAAGCGCUGCCAAUCCGGAUUGUGAAGCCACUGCGGGACAAGACGGUGCUGGCAAGGCACAAGGCGACGCUGGAGUGCACUGUGUCCCAUGCCCGGGGCCGGGUGCGCUGGCUCCGUGGGGACACCGAGAUCUUUGCUGGUGACAAGUAUGAGAUCUGCAACCUGGACUGCUACCGCACACUCAUCAUUCACCACGUGGGCCCUGAGGACGAGGACUCGUACACCUGCGACGCCUUCGACGACCGCUCCACGGCCCGGCUCCUUGUGGAGGGGAGCUAGAAGCCAGGAUGCAGUUCUCAGGGCCUGCACGCAGACUGGGAUGCCACUGCUGAGAGAUGGGGUCAUGCUCCCCCUGCCACAGACAGACACAUGGACACCAUCCCCAGCCUGCCCCAGCCUCAGGGCUCUGCAUU